ACUACGAUGAGAAAUUUACUGUUAAUUUCUGGAAUACUUUUAACACUUCUGAGCACUGCCGCUGGCACCAGUGACAGUUGUCCCGAGUUAUGCGACAAAUCAAAAUGCGAGGAGCCGGUGAUUAGUUGUGACAGCGGUGUAUUUGUAAAAGAUGAGUGUGACUGUUGUGAUGUUUGUCUGCGGUCUCGUAAUCAAAUCUGUGGAGGACUUCAUGCAAGAUUUGGUAAAUGUGAGUCGGGUUUGGAAUGUGUAAAUGAUAACAAUGAAGCUUUCAUGAAUGACGAAGACAGCGACAGGGAAGAGGAAGAAGAUGACGUCAUUGGGGUGUGUCAAG